CUAUUAAUGCCACUAUUUUAAAAUCAGUGGUUUAAUUUUGUAUUCACUCAUAAUCGGCAAUUUAGCAAAAUGUACCUGUUCAAAGUUGUUCUGUUAUCAGCCCUCUGCGUGGUCUAUUCAAAGAAUGUCCAACCAUUUUCGAUUGAUCCGAACGACCUCAAGGAAUUUUCCCCAAACCUGUAUCUUAAUGUUAAAUCAUUUUUCAAAACGAUCCAUAAAAAAGACCCUGAGGUACAAAGGCGAAGGCUAAAUUACUUUUUCGAUAACCAGUUUAGAUAUGUGAAGUAUUACGGUUAUUAUGCAGUCCCACUUCCCGACAUCGAAGUGAACUUUAAACAUAAAGUUGAGGAUACAAUUUUAGAUGGUCACGUUGCACUGACGAAAGGGGUGCUUAUUGGUUUAGAUUUUAAACGUCACAGUAAUGUAUCUUUGUCUUAUAAUUACCCGGUUGCGACCUUAGAGCUGAGCAUCGGAUAUGAAAAUCUUCAUUAUCUCUACCACUAUAAUACAAAUUACAUGAGUACCACUACACGUGGAGGUAUAAGAGGGAAAAUCUCAGACGUGUCGUACGACUUGAUUUUAGAUUUGGAUGUAGUCGAUUUGGAUAUAAUUAUUCAGAAAUUUGAACCGACCAACUACGGGGAGGUCACGAAUAGAGUUGAGGGUGAAGCGGCUAAAUCCAAGACACACUUACUUAGUAAUGUUACCGAGCCCAUUAUUGGAACUUAUAUACAGCCGAUUUUGACAGCGUACACCAAUAAUAUUACAACAACAUUAGUUGAUUGGUAUAAUAAAUACCUUUCCUCAUAAAUAGUUAAUUGCUGUUCCAUAUUACAAACUGCAAGGUCUGUAAUAAAAAUGUAAAACAUAA